CGCACAGCUGUUACGUUAUAAAAAUAAAAUCUGUGAAUAUGUCUUACAAAACUUUGGAAAAUGUUAUUCGUGAGUUGAAUAAGACUGUGUUACAUCUGCAAAACAAAGUAACUUCACUGGAAACGCUUAUUCUAGAACAGAAUCUGAUCAUAAAAGAAUUUGUUGAAAGUAAGGAAAUGAGAGAUCCGACGGUACAUUUGAGUUCGCCAAGUAAAAAAUGUGAUGAUGAAGAGGGUAACUCUAAGCAGCGGCCACCUCGCGAUGCUCGUCUUCGUGCGCUUACGACAAUCAACGUCGCGAAGCCCAAGGUGCGAGCAGGGAAGAAGAUGUUACCGCUCGCAUCUCCGUCCCCACCGAGCGGCACUGACGGCGAGAUCGCCCCUACUACGUGUUCUACGCAAGUCACGCAGGACUCGCAAGACAAGUUCGUGGACGCGGAUGGUUCGAUCGACCGGAACGGAGACGGGGCUAACAUGGAAUGGGUCAACGUGAGGCGGCGUCGAGUUAGACGUGAGGCAAAAAAUGUAGCUCGUGGUACGGCCGUGCCCGGUUCGACGUCAUUGGAAGCGUCCGAACGUAAAAGUUAUUUACAUGUCUAUUAUUUAAAAAAAGGAACUACAGUCGAACAAAUUCUAAAACAUUUGUUAUUUAUUUGCCCAAAUGAUAAAUGUUUGGUAGAACAGUUGAAUUCGCGUGGUGACUAUGCAUCAUUUAAGUUGACAGUUCCCACAAAAAAUUUGGAUACUUAUAUGUCGCCUAAUCAUUGGGCGGAAGAUGUACACAUUAAGCCUUGGCGUAGUGGAUUUCGCAACCGAAAAACGACACAAAACCCCUAAAUUAAAAAGUAUUUGUAUGUUAAAAUCGAAUUUUGUGAAUGGGUGUAGCUUUGGAAAACCCCAAAUUAAGAAACAGCGCAGAAGUAAACCUUUCGAAAUAUUAUACCAAAAUGUAAGGGGCCUCCGAACGAAAUUACAAGAUUUCUACAUUAGCGUAUCUUCGAUUUUGGUGGAUUUAUUCGCUAUAACAGAAACUGGCUGCAGCGAGUCAAUAUCAGACGCGGAAUUAGUUCCUCCCGGUUACAGUAUUAUACGUUGCGAUCGCAUGGACGGCCGCAAGCAAGGCGGAGCAUGUCUUGUGGCCGCACCGCGCUUCGAGCUGCGCAGUGUACCCGUGCCGUGUGACAUAAACAUCGCCGCUCGCGCAUUCGAACUUGUUUGUGCUACAGUGUACUUGAAAAAAAGAUAUUUAUUCACGGUUUGCGUAGUUUACAUUCCGCCGAAUAGCAAUGAGUGCGAAUAUAUGUUGUUAUUUAAAACUAUCGAAGGGUAUUAUAAUAAAUACAGUGACUUAUUAGUGAUCGGAGAUUUCAAUUUGUAUUCAUGUUCAUUGAAUGUAUUAAAUUAUUACGAGUACUUUUUUAGUUAUUGUGGAUUCACCCAGUGCAACAAAGUAAGUAAUAUCAACAACCGGCAGUUGGAUUUAGUGUUGGGUGCAUUGAGUGAAGGAAGUUUGGUUAGUGUAUGUGAAGCGUCCGAGCCGCUGGUGACGGUGGACGCGUACCACCCGCCGCUGCUGGUCUCGGCGUGGCCGCGCAGCCCGCCCGCUGCCGCUCCUUACUCAGACACAGAUAUGGAUACGCGGAGCGCCGGCGCCGGCCUCCGCUGCUGCUGGUGCCGUCCGCUCGCACCAACUUGCUAGGUCAGGCACCUAUGACGCGUGCACUUCGUUCACUCAAUGAAAUAGCAAUCAAAACGGAUAUAUUUUGUUGCACUUGGGAUGAAUUCACGCGAGUAGCUUUAUUUGUACUAUGCUAUAAAAAGUAAUGUAUGUAUUUAGUUUGUAUGUUAAAUAUUUCUAAGUUCGAUGUAACCAAUUAAAUGUAAAACCACUAUCGUAUUGGGAAACUGUAAUGUUAGUGUGUGUUUAUAAAUAAAUAAAUAAAUAA